CGGUUCUCUUCUCUUCAGCGCCAAUAAUCCAAGCCAUUUCUUUGUGUUUUGCAAAAAAAAACUAGAAAGAAAUGGGAAGCAAGGAUCUUAAGAGUGUAAUCAUGUGUGUGCUGAUACUAGGGAUAAUCUUGGAUGUAGAGGGCAUGAGUUGCUGCAGGAACACCACGGCAAGAAACUGCUACAACAUGUGUCGUAUGACCCCGCCAGCUUGUGCAGCAAGAUGUGGCUGUAUAAUCAUAAAUGGCAAUCAAUGCCCAUGCUACCCUAGUUUGAACCUUCUUCCGAACUCCGGUGAACCAGAUGCCAUUAAGUACUGCAACUUGGGAUGUGUGUCUUCUAUGUGCGACACCAAGAACAAUGCUCCAGAAUUUGUGGGUGAAGAGAUGAAAAUCGACAUGGAACACUGCAGUGAUGCAUGUGACCGUUUCUGCAAUGGGGAUGCCCGCAUGGCAUCCGUUGCUGCUUAAUCAUGCAUGUGCAUGCCAUGGGAUUUGUUGUCGAAGGCCAAGGUCUCAUCAUGAUGGAUGAUAUUCUAAAUAAAGGAUCUCAUGGGACAGAUCCAAGUCAGUGUGUGUCAUCUUGUACAUAUGUACGUGUGUGCUCUUUUUUUGUUUCUUUGUUACAAUAAAGGUAACCACACGAUGGAUGCCAUGUUAUUACCUGUAUGUGCUCAUCUCUAUCGAGAUGUAUGCAUGUAGCCUUGGCCAGUUAAUAUAAUAACUAUAAAUUAUAUAAUUUCAUGUUGCAUUUAA